AGUAGACUAUGUUUAUUCGCUUGAGAAUAAACCACCUUAUUUAAGGCAAGCGUAUGAGUAAGCAUGAAUGCACGUUCACGGUGCACCCGUUAUGCAAUCGGAAUCAUAUUCCUGGAUUGAGAGAUACAAACAACUUAUAAACGGAAACAUAACUGUCCAUUUUCACUCAGAUGUGGAGGAUUUACCCGAAACAAGUGCCCAUGUUCGUAUAAAUCCUUGCACUGUAGAUGGUUAUAUCUUAUACAACGAUUCUCUGUGAUUUGAAAAUAGUAUUACGCUAAAUCAUUUGUUUGCAUAUCUUUAUUAUUGGUGCAGAACAUAAGCAUGUUUAAGCUAAUUUAUACUUCGUUAUUACACAUUCACAUUUGUGAAUCGAUAAUUGUCAGACCCAAACGUGAAGUAAUGCUUUACAAGUUGUCAUAAAUUCCCCGCUGUAAAACCGGAAGUAAUAAGUAUGUAAGUGGUUAUUCUUUAUUGCUAUAUGAAUGACAAUUUUUUAUUUAUAACUUAUUAGCGUGAGUUAUAAAGUAGCUACAUAGUGGUAGUCUGUUUUAUUUCGUUAAUGCUGGUUUAAUUUCAAUAUAUUAAUUUUACAAUUUGGUGUGCGCAAAUUGACAUCAAAAGGAAGAAAUAUAAUAGGGACAAAUAUGUAAACAAAAGCACAAUAUUUCGUCAAUAAACAAUAACUGACAAGGGGAUUUUCAAGGUCUGACUUAAAGAACACCAACUUAAGUGCAACGGCGCAUGUUGGCUUCUUUGUUUAAACGUACACAUAGACUUAAUGUUGAUUAAUGAACAAUUUUGUUCGUGUAAAAUUAUAUCAUGUAUGACUUCAUUGUGAGGAAUUUCAAAGUGAUAGACGAACAUUUUAAGUAUGGAUCUUUAGUGUUGGUGUGGUUCACUCGUGAAAGUGUACUUGGCUUCAAGUAAGGUACAUGCAUGUAACAAAAAACAUCUUUAAAUGUAAUGAUAAUUAGCUGAUAUUUCGUCUGCUACUUGAUGUGAUAACAACAUGUUGGACACAAACAGAAUAACUUGUAUUGUGGUGACGUGUGUAUUGUUUGCGGUUGUGUUGAAUUGUGCACAUGCAAAUAGAAUUGCAUGUGACAGUCUUUGCGAAUGGACGCAAUGGGAGGCCUGGACAAAUGAAUGCCAGUGUGGGUUUGCACACUUGUCCCGCGACAGAAGACGUAGACUUUGCUGCCUCGAGGAGCAUGAAAAUAGAUAUCAAUGUUUGCAAUACUGCGGACUUGGUCCUGAGGAGCACGGAAUGUUCUCGGAAAGUGACGAAUGUAAACCAGUUUGCCACAAUGGUGGAAAUAUGCUUCCAGAAGGAUGUCAAUGUACUAAGCGAUAUUUUGGCCUUUGUUGCGAAACGCGUGUUGACAUUUGCGAAGCUGUUUCAGCAGACGUCGUAUUUGUGCUUGAUUCCUCUGUCAGUCAGACUGAAAAACAGUUUAAGAAGCAGCUAGAGUUUGUGGAACGCUUCGUCGAUGAAUUUACCAUCAAUAGUACUGCCUUUCAAAUUGCAGUACUAACCUUCUCGACGGACGUUAAAAUAGAGAUAGAAAUUGACGAUCGGCUGACGAAAGAUGAGAUAAAGAGUAAAAUACGUAGUAUACGAUUUCGACCUGGCGCAACAUUUACGGACAAAGGGCUGGCUAUGGCCCGUAGCAUGCUUCAAUCACGGGGAAACCGGCUUGUUGGUCUCACUAUUGAGAAGUUCACAUUUGUUCUGACGGACGGAAUGUCAAACGAUCGGAAAUCCACAGCGGCAGAAGCUUCGAGUCUUGAGCGUGUUUCAACGGUUGUUGCCAUAGGUAUCGGUCAAAUGGUUUCACAAAAAGAACUUCAGAUAAUUGCAUCUUCGCCUGACGAGUUUACUAUGUCCUAUGUAUUCACGGUGAAGAAUUUUGACUCGCUACAUACUUUAAUUGAGCGACUUAUUGACGCUUCAUGUGGAAAAUGUAGCACACAAAGUCGUACAGAUAUCAUAGCAUUGAUUGAUGAUCUUCCAUCCUCAGCAAUGACAUCUACUGAGUUCCAUUCAGCAUUGAAUGGUGUCGCAUACAUAUUGCAACAUUUGGCGUCCUAUGGAAAAGUCAACGGUCAGCGUGUUGGCGUUUUACAUGUUGACGGUAUUAAUAAUAACUAUUUGCCUUUUAUAAAUAGCCUGAACAUGGUCCAAUUGCUUAGUUAUGUGCGAGGUAUUCGCCAGUAUAGACACACCUGCUUUUCAACUACCUGCGCAGCGAACAUGUCCCGAGAUAUCUCGACAGCUAUAAAUGAAGUUAUUCUCACAAACUUUAUGAACACGGAUCCGAAAGCAAGAAACGUAUUAAUUGUAUUCACGUCUGGUCGAUUUGACCAUGUAGAUGCCGUCCGGAAAAAUGGUCGAAGCCAUUACUCGAGAUACAGGUGUUUACGUGUUUUCUGUAGGCGAUGGAUAUGGCUCAAACAUAGACGGACUUCAAGCUAUCGCUCAGGAGCCGAGUAAUGUUGUCAUGGUGUCUGACGAUAAUUUAGAGACACUUGAUACCAUACAGUCCCAAUUAUCGUACAUUACCUGUUCUUGGUAACUAGAACAUAUCGUAAUUUAGAAUAAAAAUAAUGCAAGUGAAUACGAUAUUGUUUUCAAAAUAAAUCAAACGCUAAUGAUUCUAAACUAGUAUAAAAGUUCUGAAAAAGUAGUAAAACUCAAUGAUCGAAAGUACAGUGUCAUUCAAUUGCACAAGAUUGUAUGCUUUACAGUAGAAAACAACUUCACGUACCCAAUACAUGUACACAAUACAUAUACAUUGUUGGGAAAAAUCCAAUCAAACUAUGCAUAUUUGUGUAUUCGACACAAGUUCCUGUUGUACUUCUUGUCAUCAUAACAAUCAUUCAGGUAAAAAGUAGUUUUAUUGAUGGUGUCAUAACAAGAGUAGUCAUAAAUGUAUGUUAUAACACGUUUCUCGCAAACUUUCGUAUGUUGGAUUCAGAUUACGAAAAAAGGUAAAAUGUACCUCGUAUAUACUUGCUUUAGUUGUGUAUAUAUUGCUUAUUUAUCAUAUUAAAUGUAAAGUUUUUUAUUCGGCAAUAGUUGUAAUAAUGCAUUAUAAACAGGUAAACAAAUUAUAAUGUCUUCGUUUAUUAGAAGAGCGUUAAUGUUUCCUUUCAAAAAUGUGAAUAUUGCAAUAUGUAUGCACAUGUAACAUCUUAUGAAAAGUGUACGAGUGCAAACAUGUCAGUCUAUCAACGCCACUAACUUAACAUGCACACAUGCUAUGCGGACGUAACACUAUCCAAAUAUGUUCAGAUAAAUGGCCUAUGUAUACGUUCGUGAUGUUGUAUUAACGUUUAAUAACACACACAUUUUUAUAGUUUGAGGGUUUCAUUUAAAGCACUUCAAUUUGUUGUGUUGAGCGCGUGGAAUUUACAAAGCGGCGUCCAGAUAAACAAAAUAGCUUGAUCUUCAGUGUGUGUACAUAAGUUAUAGCUAUAAUUCAAUAGCCUACAUGUUUGAUUCGCUUUAUUAACAAAUUGUAAUCUUAAACCCUCAAUGUUAUCAUGACUAAACAUAGACUUCAUCGAUUGUUACUUGUAAAUUUAUUGUUAAAAAUGAACGUGUUCUUUCGUCCUCGUUCGCUAUAUAAUCAUUAAUCCCGUUUUAUGUGUAUAUGUAAAGGCAAAGGGUAUGUAUGGUCAAUGUGUACCACUGAUGUAGUAUUGUCCACAAUUAAGUUUAUGCUAAGAAAGAGCCAUACGAUUUUGGUAAUCUACUAAGAAAAUUAGAAAUCCACCAAUGUACAAUAUAUACAUUUUUAUAAUAUACCUGUUUAAUGCUUUUAACAAAAUAUAGGUUGUAUCAAUCGUUGAAAUAAAAAUCCCGUAUUACGGUACUCGCUGUUUCCAAUUCCGUAUUACCAUACUAGCCGGACUACUUCGACCCAUUUAAUGACGUCACAUUACACGCACCGAAAAUAGAAAUAUUUUAUAUUACAAAAUAUAUUACGUAGUACAUCGUGUGACGUCAUUUCUGUGACAAAACACAAUAGUUGUAUCUAAAAUCUGCAAUAACAUGUCGGACGUGGUGUUUUUUAACAGUAAAUUACGUGUUAAAAACGUAUUUUGGCGUGUAAGUUUAUCAUGCAUAAAUUUAUAUUUCGAUAGGAAUACAAUAAAAUAGUGUUGUUUAAACUAAGUUUCGAUAAAGACAUGGAAGAUAGAAGUGGAAGUGCAUAUCGUUUAAACGUUUUUGUUAUAAACAUCGGAUUAAAG